AGCGUUGUGCGCAUGCGCGGAAGAUCAGCGGCGGAGGAGAAAAAGUUUCGCGUUCAGUCUGCGGGGAUCAGACUCAGCGCUGCAGCCUCCGACCAAAAUCUGGAUUACUGCAGAAAGAAUCCAGAAACAUGCUCUUACAGCUUGCAGCCCUUUUAACUUUAGGGGCAUGGGCUCUGGCAGAUGUACCUGAGCUGGGAGAUGUUUGCACAGAGGGGAGCUGUUAUCCUGCCACAGGAGAUCUUCUCAUUGGAAGAGCGCACCAACUCUCGGCCACCUCCACAUGCGGACUCCAGAAACCUGAGCCCUUUUGUAUCGUCAGUCAUUUGCAGGAAGAGAAGAAGUGCUUUGUGUGCGAUUCCAGGGGAACCUCCGAUGAGAGCAUGCACCACAUAACCAGCCACAGAAUUGAAAAUGUUGUGACUACGUUUGGCCCGAACCGCCUCAAGACUUGGUGGCAAUCGGAAAAUGGCCUGGAGAACGUCACAAUCCAGUUGAACCUUGAGGCAGAGUUCCACUUCACCCACCUCAUCAUGACCUUUAGAACGUUCAGACCUGCUGCCAUGGUGAUCGAACGUUCUGCAGACUUCGGGAAGACUUGGCAAGUGUAUCGUUACUUCGCCUAUGACUGUGAGGCCUCCUUCCCCAUCGUCUCUCAAGGACCCAUGACCAAAGUGGAUGAUGUUAUCUGCGAUUCUCGCUACUCCGACAUUGAACCCUCAACAGAGGGUGAGGUCAUCUUUAGGGUUUUGGAUCCAGCCUUCAGGAUUGAUGAUCCUUACAGCCCCAGAAUCCAAAACAUGUUAAAGAUCACUAAUCUGAGGGUGAAGUUCACUAAGCUGCACACUCUUGGGGACAAUCUUCUGGACUCACGUAUAGAGAUCAAGGAGAAGUACUACUACUCAGUCUACGACAUGGUGGUCAGAGGAAACUGUUUUUGCUAUGGUCACGCAUCUGAAUGCGCCCCCAUCGAUGGAGCUGGAGAGGUCGUGGAUGGCAUGUCUGUCUGCUGGUGUAACUGCAAUCAUCACUCUGAUUCCUGUCAUUUCGACAUGGCCGUGUAUAAGGCGUCGGGUAACGUGAGCGGCGGUGUGUGCGAUGACUGCAAGCACAACACCAUGGGUCACACGUGUGAACAGUGCAAGCCGUUCUUCUACCAACAUCCAGAGAAAGACAUCCGCGAUCCCAGCAUCUGCGAACUUUGUGACGUGAGUCUGGUUCAGCUGUUGCUUUGUUCAUCUGUGCUCGUGCAGAUUUGGGAGCAGAAACACCUGGGCUUUGAAGUAGUCCGUUACCACGGGGCAAAGCGCCGCCCUUCCUCAAACCACAUGUCUAAGGUUUCACAUUCCUCUUUUGUUGUGGUGACUGAGGUUUUUCAGUUUGAACUCUUUGACCACAAAGCAGAAAUGCGGCCUGUUGGCUCUCUCAACGGUGGAGUGUGUGAUCCGCUCACAGACGUGUCUCUCGGGCUGAUCGCGGGUCAGUGUCGCUGUAAGCCUAAUGUGGAGGGUGAGCGCUGUGACCAGUGCAAACAGGGCCAUUACGGACUCAGCGACGACCCUCUGGGAUGCCAGCCAUGCACAUGCAAUGCUUUGGGGACGGUUCCAGGUGGAAGCCCAUGCGAUACAGACUCAGGAAACUGCUACUGUAAACGUCUGGUUACCGGAAGGAAUUGUGACCAGUGUCUGCCUCAGCACUGGGGUCUCAGUAACGACAUGGAUGGCUGCAGACCAUGUGACUGUGAUCAUGGUGGCGCAAUCAACAACAAUUGCUCUCCUGAAACGGGUCAGUGUCAGUGUCGCCAGCACAUGUUUGGCAGGCGCUGCGACCAAGUAGAAUCUGGUUUUUACUUCAUUGCUCUGGACCACUACACUUAUGAAGCAGAGGAUGCCAAGUUUGGACCUGGUGUGACGGUUGUCCCGAGACCCCAGCCUCAGGACAGAUCCCCUACUUGGACUGGCAUUGGUUUUGUAAACGUUCCUGAAGGUGCCUAUCUUGAGUUCAGCAUCGACAACAUCCCCUACUCUAUGGAGUAUGACAUUAUCAUCCGAUAUGAACCUCAGCUGCCAGAGCAGUGGGAAGAAGUGUUGAUGACUGUCAUCAGGCCUCGUGUCAUUACCGCCAACAGCCGCUGUGCAAACACAAUGCCCGACGAUGACAACCAGGUGGUGUCUCUGCAUCCCGGAUCCAGGUAUGUGGUGCUGUCUAGGCCUGUGUGUUUUGAAGAAGGCUUGAACUACACCGUGCGUUUGAGUCUGUCUCGCUACUCGGCUCUCAGUGAUGUGCAGUCGCCGUACACGCUCAUUGACUCGAUCGUCCUCAUGCCACACUGCAAAAACCUGGAUAUUUUCUCUGGCUCUGGGUCAGAGGGUGGGGACUUGGUGACUAACAGCGCCUGGGAAACCUUCCAGCGCUACCGCUGUUUGGAGAACAGCCAAGCGGUGGUGAAAACCCCCAUGACUGAUAUCUGCAGAAAUUACAUCUUCAGCAUGUCGGCUCUUCUGCACGAGGGAGUUAAAGCCUGUCAGUGUGACCCGCAGGGGUCUCUUAGCACGGUUUGUGACCCGAGCGGUGGCCAGUGCCAGUGUCGUCCCAACGUGGUUGGCAGGAACUGCGACAAAUGCGCCCCAGCGACCUUCCUCUUUGGUCCGCAAGGCUGCAGGCCAUGUGAUUGCAGUCCUGAGGGGUCCGUCCACUCUUUCUGCCAUGAGGCCAGCGGUCAGUGUGCCAGGUGUGAAGAAUGCGCCCCUGGUUAUUACGGAAACCCACACGAGGUGGGUGGAGAAUGCCGGCCCUGUCAGUGCAACAACAACAUUGACAUGAUGGACCCGGAGUCCUGUGACGCCCGUACGGGCGCUUGUCUCAAAUGCCUGUACCACACAGAAGGCGAGGGCUGCAACCGCUGCAAGCUCGGUUAUUACGGCAAUGCACUGACACAGAGCUGCAGGAAGUGUGUGUGUAAUCAUAUGGGCACUGUUAAAGAGAUGUGCCCCUCUCCGGGUAACUGCAACUGUGACUUAAACAGCGGCCAGUGUCAGUGCCUUCCCAAUGUGGUGGGCCAGCACUGCGAUCAGUGCGCACCGGACACGUGGAAUAUGGGCAGCGGUAAAGGCUGUGAGGCCUGCGACUGCGACCUCAACCAUUCAUUCAGCUCCUCCUGCAAUGAGAUUAUGGGCCAGUGCUCUUGUAAACCUGGGUUUGGCGGCAGAACCUGUCGAGAGUGUAGAGAGCUGUUCUGGGGAAACCCUGAGGUCAAAUGCCACGCAUGUGAUUGUGACCCAAGAGGCAUCGCAGAGCAGCAGUGCAACAAGGCCACAGGUCACUGUGUUUGCGUGGAGGGCGUUUCCGGGCCCCGAUGUGACACGUGCGCUCGAGGCUACACAGGCGAGUUCCCACAUUGUGAGCGCUGCCACCAGUGCUUUGCCGAAUGGGAUGUAAUUGUGGGCGACCUCACCAACCAGACCCAUAGACUGGUCCAGAAGGUCAAUACCAUCAAAGCCACUGGCAUUACAGGACCCUACCAGGCCACCAUCAAUAACGUAGAAAGCAACGCCAACUCAAUCCACAACAUCUUGGCUCAGAAUCCAGCCACUCAGCCUUUAACAGAGAUCCAGGGACUUCUCGAACAAGCAACUGCCUUAAUGGCUAAAAUGAACACCAACCUUAACCUGACAGAGGAGACCUUGUCCGAGAUCUCAUCCGACAACAACAGCACGGACACCAAACUGAACUCCCUCAAAGAAGAAGCUCAGAAACUGGAACAGACAGUGAAAGACCUUCAGGAACAGGUGGAGUUUGUGAAGAAUUCAGACAUUCGAGGGGCCAGAGCCAGCAUGACUCGAUACUAUGAGCAGUCCCAGAUGGCAGAGAUCCGUGCGAAUGCCUCCACCAUUGACCCAUACAACCUGGUCAAUCAAUCUGCUACCCUGCGGACAGAAACGGAGGACUUGAUGAACCAGACCAAAGAAGAGUUCAUUCAAAGGCAGGAUGAGUUUUCGAAGAAACUGGACAACCUCGCUGGACAGCUGGAGAAUCUGGACCUUUCUGAGCUUAGCGAGAAGAAGCAAAUCAGGAAGGAGGCGACCGAUAUGAAAGACACAGCUGAGAUGGUGAAGCAGGCCUUGCAGCAGGCUGAGCAUGCCCAGAGUUCAGUAACCGAGGCACUGAAACAGGCCACUGCUGACAUCAAGGGAACGCAAGACUUACUGGUCUCGGUGGAGUCAGAGACGUCCGACUCCGAGCUAAAACUGAGUAACGCCACCCGAAAGCUCCUGAAGUUGGAAAGCGAUGUAGCUCUGCUAAAAGAAAAGGCUCUCAACACCUCCACCAGUGCCAACAGCACAGAGAAAGAGGCUGAUAGCAUCAAUGCACUGGCUGACCAGCUCAAAAAGGAUUUGGAUUCAGAGUUGAAAGACAAGUACAGUAGUGUUGAGGAGCUGAUCACACAGAAGGCUGAAGGAGUGGCAGAGGCCAAGAAAAGAGCAGAGAAGCUCCAACAGGAAGCCAAAAAUCUGCUGCUACAGGCCAGCGACAAACUUCAGCUUCUGAAAAAUCUUGAGAAGAGCUAUGAUGAAAAUCAGAAGCUGCUGGAGGACAAGGCCAAUGAGCUGGUGGAUCUGGAGAAGGCUGUGAAAGAACUGCUUCAGGAGAUCAGUCACAAAGUCACCGUCUACAGCACCUGUCUGUUUUAACACUACUACAGACUGCAUUAGGAAAAUAUAUUAAAUUACCUUCUAUGUCGAAUCCCUGAGAAGGUUUUAUGAGCUUUACAUCUGUUACAGCUACAGUUUUACUCA